GUUGCACAAAUUGUGUUUUUGGUUUUUUUUUUCUCACACUUUGGUUGCAUUGAUCGCCGGCAAUCAAUGAAAAUGAUAUUGUGCAAUUUCAGGUGAUAAGGAAUUGAUUGAUUGAUAAUUUCUUCUGUCAUAUUCACACACCAAUUUAUCGGCCGCAUCACUUUUACCACCAACCAUUAGCGCAGCAUGUGGAAUGUGUAGCAACUUUUCACUUUUUGACAUCAUCGCAGGCAUAAUUCGAAUCGGAGACAGUCUUGCCAGGGUAAACAUAACCCAGUUAGAGUUUGUCGAGCAGUCGAGGUUCAAUGACUGGCUGGACUUGGUUACAUUUGAAUAUUCAUAUGCGUAGCCAUGUCGUAGCCAUUGCCGUAGCCAUAGCCGCAGCCGUUGCCGUUGCCGUUGCCGGACUUUAAAGAUUUGGGGCCGCUCUUAGAUUCUACUUACCAAAUAUUGACACAAGGUGCUUCUAACACGAAUAUCACAUCAGCGACGACGCCGGCAGCGACGCCAGCGUCGCCAGCGCCGCUACUCGUGUCUUUUGGGCUUCAUAUAAAAGCGGCUGCGCUGCCUUCAAACAUGUUCAGAGUAAAUGUGAAAGUGGAGGCGGCAGCAACAACAAUAACAACAACAACAACAACUGGAAUCGAUCAUCGAACCGCGUUAUUCUCAAAGGAUUAUUAUGCUCGCUUUGCGCUGGUUCUAUUUGCUGGGCAUUUGCGCUUGCGCCUGCGCCGCGCAGCAAGAGCUGCCAACGGCUGCAGCAACAGGUGCAACCACAGAGAAAAUAUUCGCGAAUCAAACCGAGGAGCCGGUGGUCAGUGUGCCGGGCAUGUGGCGACAGGCGCGGCGGCGCAACACGCUGGCGGAUAGCUGCACCACCAACGGCGGUGCAACGGGCACCUGCCUCACGCGCUUCAAGUGCAUGCGUCAAGGUGGCACAGUCAAUGGCUAUUGCGGCACCUAUGGCGUCUGCUGUGAGACAAACAUGGCGUGUGGCACAACGACACGGCUGAAACGCACCAUCAUACGCAACCCGGCCACAUUCACGACCAACAUCUGCCAGUACACGAUCGAGGCAUACAGCGCCAACGUGCAGCAGCUGCGCAUCGACUUCGAGCAGUUCGAGCUGCAACAGCCGACAUUUAGCGCCACGGAUGACCGUCUGCUGGAGUGCCAGGAUUACUUUGAGGCCGGCAGCUUUAAGCUGUGCGGCAUGAAUGCGGGCCAGCAUCUGUAUCUGCCAUUCAAUGUGGCCGCCGGCAUCGAUCAGAUCACGCUGACCUUUUCGGUGCCGUCGCGCUGGCAGCAGAGCAACUGGCGUCUGAUUGUCACCCAGCUGGAGGCGCCGCAGGCGAGCAGUAAACGCAAGACCAGCAUGCUGGGCGGCCUCGGUGGCAGCGGUAACAGUUUGCAGGAUCUGCGCAGCAUCUUCGCCUCCCAUCACGCCGACUACGAGCUGCUGGCGCCCGCCGGCUGUCAACAGUAUUACACGGAGCUGACGGGCACCAUACGCAGCUUCAACUAUCAGCCGACUAUGGGCAGCGUCUACAUGCCAGAGACCAGUUACACCAUUUGCAUCAAGUCCACGCCCAGUGCCAGCAUGAUUGAAUAUAGCUUCAACCGGCUGGCCAUGUCGCUGCAGACGGGCGAGGGCGAGGGCUAUGAUGAGGCGUGCCAUGCCACGGUGCAUACGCCCGGCAGACAGGAGGAUUAUCUACUGAUACCGCAGUCGUUGCUGGCCAGGAAUACGGCUUAUCAGCCGACCUACUACUGUGGCAUCAACGAGAAUUUCAUAGUCUACGCAUCGCCGCCCUACAUGAUCCACUUCUCCAGCGACGAGAUGACCCUCGACGCCACCCAGGAGACGGGCUUCAGUCUGACUUAUCGCCUACGUACAUCAAUUCUGUAAAGUGGCUGCCCGGUUAAGUGGGCCCUUAGAUUAGGCAACAUUUUAGCCAUGUGCAUAGAAUUUAAUAAACUAAAGUGAAAACGAUUCUCGAACUCAACUCGAACUCAACUCGAUUUACUUGCCCCACACACACACACAUACACACACACACACAUGCACACUGGCUGCAUUUGCAGUAAAUUGCAUUUCAGUUUGCCAACAAUAUGGGCAAUAUUUACCGCAAAAUGUUAUGGCAGAGCUCUAGAGUUAAAUAAUGCGAGAAAACAACAACAAAGGCAAUUUUAUGGAUAUUUCUGGCGAAACUAUUAUGAACAUUCAUGGGCUUUGAUAAACUGUGAAUCUGUGAACUUUGAAACAAACAAUUAUUCUUUGCACUUAAAUAUGUAUAAUCAUAAUAUUUGGUUAAGCAUUAAAUAUCUCCAUGGCCAUUGACAUUUUGAUUGUUAUCCACUGCAUGGAUUACAAUUCGGCUUUGUCUCUUUGUGCAUUGCCAAAGCAGAAAUUUGAUAAUCGACUAAGCUGAAUUGGAAUGCAUUUCCACUCCAUAUACAUAAUUUUGUAGUGAGUGGAAUUAAACAUUUCGGCAAUGUUUGUAUGGCCUUUCGAGCAAAAUUAUACAAAUAUUGUAUAAAUACUUAAAUAUAUUAUAUAUAUAUGUAAGUGAAGAGAAGUUUGAG